AUUUUCUUUAACACAAACUGCGGCUUCUUUUUCCCCCUCUCUUGCUCUCAGAGCCAGUCUUAAAGGUACAGAACUUAAUAUAUAACAUAAACCAGACGAUUGGGGAUACCAGUAUCAUAAAGUCACCCCAGGACAGAGGGGAAGGCACAGUGGCUUGAAAUGCUAGGCGAAGAGGAAGCUUGGUGCGGAUUGAUAAACAAACCAGGAGAGAACAGAUAUGGAGAGGACAAGGAGAGUAACAGUCUAAAUUAGUAACAGUCCUAGAAAACAAAACCAACUGACCAAACCAAAGAAAACCUAGACCAAACCCAGAAGUUAAUGGCGAUAAGUAGCAGCGAGUGGCAGGCACCUCGUGUGGCUGACAGUGCCUCCGUGGUUGCUGGAGGCGCAGAGCCUUUCCUUCUUUCGGUCCGGCUCUCCUGGCGGCAACAGGGCUUCUCGUCGGUAAGAAAACAUGAGCCGAGAUUUCAAACCCGGGGACCUGAUCUUCGCCAAGAUGAAAGGUUACCCCCAUUGGCCGGCUAGGGUGGAUGAAGUUCCUGAUGGAGCAGUAAAACCUCCUAUGAAUAAAAUGCCUAUUUUCUUUUUUGGCACCCAUGAGACGGCGUUUCUGGGGCCAAAGGACAUAUUCCCUUACUCAGAAAAUAAAGAUAAAUAUGGCAAACCAAAUAAAAGAAAGGGUUUUAAUGAAGGCUUGUGGGAAAUUGACAAUAAUCCCAAAGUGAAAUUCUCUCAUCAGCAGCCCCAUCCAGCCAUUAACACUCCUAUCAGUGAAGCUGUUGAAGAAAGCAGUCAGGAGCUUGCUGAGGGGAGUGAAGAAAAAGCAGGAGCCAAAAGAAAAAAGUCUUCUGUCCCAAAAUUAUCCCCUAAAGGGGAUAAUAACUUAUCUACAGAAGCUGAAACAGAAGAAAAGGAGAUGGAUACUUCAAAGGAAGAUGAUCUACCUUCUGACAAAAACAGCAAAGAAGAUGUGGUGAAAACAAAUGAUGCUUCUAUUCCUAAAGUUGCUAGAAGAGGAAGGAAAAGAAAGUCUGAAAAACAACCUGAAGCUGAGGAAACAGCAGCAGGGGCAGCAACAACUACUGGGCCAGUGUCUCCAAAAGUAAGCCCCAAAAGAGGAAGACCAUCAGCUUCUGAAGUGAAAGUUCCAAAACCAAGAGGGAGACCCAAGUUGGUGAAACCAUCGUGUCUUUCAGAGGGUGACUUUGUUAAUGAGGAAGAGAAGGGAAAGAAAAAAGGACCAGAAGAAAAGCCCAAAAAGCAAGGGAAAAAGGAUGAGGAAAGUCAGAAGGAAGAGGAGAAAUCAAAGAAGGAAUUUGAUAAAAAGGAAGGAAAGAAGGAAGCUGAACCAAAAAGGAAAAAUGUUGCAAAAGUGGGUUCAGCAUCAGCUUCUGAUUCUGAAGAUGAAGGAGAAGAACAAGAAGGGGACAAGAAGAAAAAAGGGGGAAGAAGCUUUCCUGCAGCUCACAGAAGAAACACUGUAAGAAGCCAACAUGAGAGAGAAGUAACAGAUAGAAAGCGCAAGCAAGAGGAACAGACAGAAUCUGAAUCGCAGAACAAAGAAGAAGGCAAGAAAACAGAAGUUAAGAAGAUUGAGAAGAAGAGAGAAACUUCAGUGGAUUCUAGGCUUCAAAGGAUACAUGCAGAAAUAAAGAAUUCCCUGAAAAUUGAUAAUCUUGAUGUGAACAGGUGUAUUGAGGCUCUUGAUGAGCUUGCAUCCCUUCAAGUCACAAUGCAACAAGCUCAGAAACAUACAGAGAUGAUCUUAACUCUCAAGAAGAUACGGAAAUUUAAAAUUAGCCAAGUUAUCAUGGAGAAAUCUACAAUGCUAUAUAACAAGUUCAAGACCAUGUUUCUGGUUGGGGAAGGAGAUUCUGUUCUUUCCCAAGUACUAAAUAAAUCACUUGCUGAGCAAAAGCAGCAUGAAGAAGCUAAUAAAACCAAAGAACAGGGGAAGAAAGGAGCAAACAAAAAAACUGAAAAGGAAAAAGACCAAACAGGUUCAAAGAUUCUGAAUGGAGGGUCAGAAGCCCAGGACACCAACCAGUCACAACACAAUGGAGAAAAUGCCGAAGAAAAGAAGGAUAGGCAUGAAGUUGGCAGUAAGAAAAAGAUGUGUGGUGAAGACAGAGAGCUUGAAAAGCCAGCAGAUGAUUCUGCCUUUGAAAACAAAUGACAUCACUAGAGUCUUGUUGUUUGGGUUUUUUAAAUUACAAAUUAAAGAGGAUUGUUAAGUUUUGCAUUUGAAAUCUAUAGACUGCUGAAAUUCUAAAUAAUUUUAUAAGCAUAGUAUUUUGAAGUUAAAUUUUGUGGAAUAAAAGCCCCUUUAAUCUUGGUUUAAAAGUAUUUAAACACUUUUGCCAAUAGUUAUAUCCAGUAUUAACAGGUAACACAUUUCAGAAGACGAAAUUCCCAGUUAGAAAAUGCUUUCAUGUUACAGGACUUAGAGUUGUAGUCUAUUUUUAACUUACUACUGUAUGUUUGUCUAGUUAAUAGCAGGAAAAAGUGUAAAUACUUAUAACACCAGUUGCUUCAUUUGUAUAAAACUUCCUCUCUUCCUAUGAUACUGACCUCUGUGCAGCUUUUCAACUCUUGUUGGGGAUGUCUUUUCACUGUGUUUUGUAGGAGUUGAAAGCAGCAUUUUUCUAGCUGUUAUAAUGCUAAUGUAUGAAUAUAUGUCACUUUUUUUUUUUUUUAAAUAAGUUUAGUUCUGUUCUUGCAAAAUGCGUUGUGCCAAUUUACUGCAAUGUGACUUUUAUGGUUUGCUUUUGGUAUAGUAAGUAUACUGAAACGAAGUGUGGUGUUCUCACAGAACCUGUUGAUGCAGAAUGGUUGGAAAACACUGUCUUGAAUGAUAUAUGGAAUUAAAGAAUUUUGAACUGA